GUCCAGAUGCACCUGCCAGAGCUGGGAGCUUGCCGAAGGGCGCGCCGGCCUGGUCUUGAGUGGUCGGAGGUCCAGGAGCCCUCGGCAUCCUUUUCUCACCCACACACCCCAGCCUCACGUAUUAGGCGUCCCCCCAACAGACGAUCCCUUUGUAGUUUCCUAAGUGGAGGCCCCAAUUGCACUUCGGAUAUUCUCCCUGUCCCCAGCACCGUAUGGCUCUGCAGUGGUGCUAGACAAACCUGAAGCUCAGUUACAUACAGUACACACCGGUGAUCCAGCCGAGCGCAUCUCCCUUCAAGGUUCCGGACUCCGCUUUUACUUUGACAGCCUUGGGUGCUCAUUUUCAUCACCAUUUCACUUGCAGGAAUGCCAAAGCUUGGGGAAUUCUGCCUGCCCAUUCUCCUUAGGAAGAACAGAAGAUUACUACUUUUCUUUUAAUUGCCAUUGUGUUUGGAGAAGUAAGACAAAAAUGGAAUAGCUGCCUGUCACGUAUGCUUAUGACAUGGGGCUUAUCUACUCAUUUACCUUUGCACUGCUAUUGGCUAUUAUUCAGCUUUAGAAAAAUCAGGGCCACAGGCAAGUACCUGAGGGAGGCUUCCAAGAGCUGAGAGCAGUCUCUGCUCACAGCCAACAAAAAACCCAGGGGCCUCAGCCCUACAACCACAGAAGUUGAAUUCUGCAAAUAACCUGAAUGAACUUGGAAACAGAUUCUCCUCCAGCGUCUAGAAGUAUAUAUUACAAAGCAUUCAAAGGCAAGUGAGAAUUCAAAGGCUCAGAGCAGAGCUAGAGUGCUUUUCACAGAGACACCAUUUAGGAGAUAGAGGAUAUCGUCAAGUCCUAGAAGGGUUCUACCAUUUUCUUCUCCAUCCUAAAGAGACUUGGAAAUUAAUGGGUAACAUUUUGCAUGAAAUUACGGGAUGCUUUUCUUCUUAUCUCUGAGGCCUUCUGUGGAGAAUUCAGAGGAGGUUGAAUGCACGCAUGGAUAAAAUGGAUAAUCUUAAAGGAUUGAAGUUCCAAAAAUACAUCAGCAGGACUGGACAGGUUUGACAUAAUGAGAUUUCUAUUUUAGCUUGACUUCUGGAACUCCGAAUAAACUAUAAACUGAGCUACACAAGGUCCUGGGGAGGAAGUUUCUCUUCUAAAAUAUUCUAGCUGCAGAUAACAUUUUUCUUAUUCAGAUCCUUUGAAGAAAUUAUUUACUCAUCCAUUUUCUGAGGAAUACAACUAUUAGACACUUACCGACUUUUAAUAUAUGAAGUGGAAUAGAAAGCAGCAACUUGUAUCGUACUGGAAAUUAAAUUUUCAUCAAGAAACAGACCCAGAAAGAGAAGACAUCUCUACAUAAGCACAGGGUGAGAUGGCAGAGGUUCCUGUGGUUGCCUCAACUCUGCCCGUAACUGUGAAGAAAAAGAAAAGUCUAUCCAUUGAAGAAAAGAUCGACAUCAUAAAUGCAGUAGAAAGUGGUAAGAAAAAAGCAGAGAUUGCAGCUGAAUAUGGAAUAAAGAAAAAUUCAUUGUCUUCUAUUAUGAAGAAUAAAGACAAGGUUCUAGAAGCCUUUGAAUCUCUGAGAUUUGAUCCAAAGAGAAAAAGACUGAGAACUGCUUUUUACACAGAUCUGGAAGAGGCACUAAUGAGGUGGUAUCGAAUUGCCCAGUGUCUGAAUGUACCAGUUAAUGGUCCAAUGUUGCGUCUAAAAGCUAAUGAUUUUGCCCAGAAACUGGGACAUAAUGAUUUUAAGUGCAGCAAUGGUUGGCUGGAUCGCUUUAAAUCCAGGUAUGGUUUAGUAUUCAGAGCUCAACCUGUAGAAGCUACAGGUGUAUCAGUAGACCCUUCAGAUGUCUGGCACCAAAACAUACUUCCUUAUUAUUUAAAUGAUUAUCAUCCUAAAAAUGUUUUCAAUGUAAAAGAGACUGGGCUGCUUUAUCGAAUGUUGCCUACAAAUACAUUUGCAUUUAAAGGAGAAACAUGCUCAAUUGGCAAGUUAUGCAAAGACAGAAUAACUCUGGUGGUUGGGACAAACAUGGACGGCUCAGAGAAACUUCCUUUGCUUAUCAUUGGAAAGAACAGAAAUCCACAUUGUUUCAAAGGCGUAAAAUCAUUGCCUGUGUAUUAUGAAGCUAACAAAAUGGCACGGAUGACCUCAGUUGUAUUUGAACAGUGGAUGCGGCAGCUUGAUGAGAAAUUUCAAGCCCAGCAAAGAAGAGUGGUGAUUUUUGUUGAAUCGUUUCCUGCACAUCCAGAGGUAAAAAACCUAAAAUCCAUUGAGUUAGCGUUCUUUCCAUCAUGUUUAUCUUCCAAACUUAUAGCCAUGAAACAAGGUGUUAUUAAAAGCCUUAAAAUCAAAUAUCGACAUUGUCUCAUUAAGAAAUUUUUAAGCUCUGUUGAAGGCAGCAAAGAAUUUAUGUUUUCCCUGCUAGAUGCAGUUGAUACAUUGCAUCUCUGUUGGAGGGCUGUCACCCCAGAGACUAUUGUUAAGAGCUAUGAAGAGGCAGGAUUCAAAUCUCAAAAGGGAGAAAGUGACAAGACAAAUGCAGAGACGGACACUGGUCUUGAUUUGGUUGUCCAUGCCCAGGCGGCAGGAGUGGAAUUUCCUGAAGGUUUAUCCAUAGAAGAGUAUGCUGCCCUGGAUGAUGAUUUAGAGACAUGUGAAGCAGCACCAAGUGGUGAUGCUGUAUGGACCAAAGAAAGUAAAUCAGAUGAAACUGGAUUUUAUACUUCUGACGAAGAGGAUGAUGGUGGAUCUCUGGGAACCGAACUCCCUUUACCAUCAAAAAAUGUGGCAAUAACCGCUUUAGAUACUCUGAAAAGUUUUCUUAGAAGUCAAGAUAUGAAUGAUGAGCUUCAUAAUUCUUUAGCAGACCUUGAAAUUUUUAUUAACUCUUUAUCACCUAAGUAAUUAUUUAUUGUCAACAUCUGAAGAUAAUAGCUUUUUGUAAUACAUUUUACUAGUUAAGGUAUGUAAAGGGAAAAUACUACUUAAACCUAAAAAAUGAAAAACUAGUAAUCUUUGGUUUAAUUGCAGAUGUCUUUAGUCUGAAGAGCAAAGUUCCCUAGGUAUAUUAAUGAGUAAGUAAAUGAAAAAUAUGAAUUUCAGUUUAGUAAGGUUUGGGGGAGCAGAAAAUGAAUUUCAGAGGCCUUGUACUUGAAACAUAUGGCAUAUAUGUCAAAAAUAAAAAGAACUCUCCAGCUGUUUGAUUCAUACAGGUUGAAUUGGUGAUUGCUAUUUUCUGUUUUUUUUUUUAAGUUCAGAUCAUGUUCUAGGAUAUUUUAAUCUAUCUACCUCAUCUAAGAAACAAAAUAUCUAUUGGUUAGAUAUUUAGUUUUAUAAACAUAUAUAUUCUAACUAGACUUAAGUAUCGAGUGUUAAUUUUAAAUUAUUUUUCUCAUAACUAGCUAAUCGUCCUAAUAAAAACUGAAAAAUUACUGAAAAUAAAAUCUGACCCGAUUAUAUACCGAUAUGAUUAAAAAUGUGUCUAACUUUCAAGUUAUUUCUAUAUAAGAUCAAAUAAAAGACUAUGGCCUUAUCAGAUUUUUUUAAU